AUGUCCAUCCGAUACAUAUCAGCCAAGCUCGCCCAGCAAAUCGAUGAAGAGCUGAUGGGCGCUGCUGGCGCCUUCAGCCUCGAUCAGCUCAUGGAACUUGCGGGUUUGGCCUGCGCGCAAACCCUCCAACGAGUUUACAGCAGAGAGAAGUACCCGCGUGUGCUCGUAUGCUGUGGCCCGGGCAAUCAAGGCGGCGAUGGGCUCGUCGCUGCGCGGCAUCUGGGGAUGUUCGGGUACAAGCCCACCAUCUAUUAUCCGAAGCCGGGAUCGAAAGAGAUCUACAAGCGCCUACAGCAGCAAUGCGAUAAUAUGAAGAUCGAGACCCUUCCCCCAUCCAACGAGACCGGGCCGCUGAAGGAGGCCUUGAGCAAGUCGGACGUCAUACUCGACGCAAUUUUCGGGUUCUCAUUCAAGGGUCCCGUCCGGUCACCCUUCGACGAAGUGCUGAAGCUGAUCACCGAGUCGAGGCUGCCUAUUGUCUCCGUCGACGUGCCAUCGGGGUGGGAUGUGGAAGAGGGCAACAAAGCCAGGGUCGGGCUGAACCCGGACGUCCUUGUUAGUUUGACGGCGCCAAAGCAAGGGGUGAAGGAGUUCAAGGGAAGACACUUCCUUGGAGGGCGAUUCGUCACCAAAGCGAUGGAAGAGAAGCUUGGUUUGAACCUGCCGGAGUACCCCGGUAGCGACCAAAUCGUGGAGUUGCCUCAACAGUCCUAACUAGCGCAUAAGCUGUAGAUAGAAGGCCUCGGCCUGCAACCGUAGUAUCUCAAACAGCCACAGCUGUUGAAGACGUUCUCGAGUAUGGUGGAAGUCUCGGAUCCCGUUGAUACCAUUGUCGAGCAUCCAGCAGAAUCGGGAGAUAUCUGCGCGUCCGGAUAACUUCUUCCUCGUCAUCAGAGGAGUUCUCGUCCUCGUCCACGGUCUCUUGUUCAACUGCAGUCUGUUUGCGGCUGGCUGCUGGACGUCGUUCCAGCUUGCGCGGCGUUGUAACCUCCUGGUUCGGAUCUGAGGCCGGGCCCAUGUCUUCGUCUUCGUCCUGCACAGCAGGGGGUUCUGGCACCAGCUUGGGCCGUUUGUGCGUCGGCGUCGCUGGCACGGACGACUUUUCUGGAUCGAAAGCGACCUUACGUUUCGAUGGUGAGACGGAGCCCGGAGUAUCACGUCUCAAAGCGGACUUUCGAGGUGUCAUCAGCACUUGCAGACGAGAGCUUCCAACGCCGGCCUUUUGAGGCGCAUCCUGUGACGGAGGCUCAGCAGCUUGUGCAACCUCGCUUGUUUCCUCCAGCUCCGAUAGUGGUUCUGUUGCUUUCGCCUUCCCUUUGGACUUCGGAGUUGGCUCCGCUGCUUUCGCAGUGCCCUUCGCUUUGACAGGCGAAGCUGAUCUACUCUUCGCCUGCGCCCGCGCCUGAAGGUCUGCAACCUUCGCCUUCAUCCGCUCUCCUAGUUCCUCGCACUUCUCAUCGAUAAGCGCCACGAGGUCGUCGAACUCCCGCUCAGUGAGUCUGUUCUGGUCGAUAACCAUGUUGCGUGUGAUACGCUUGAGUCCGAGAAGCUGGCACACCCAGUAAAACACCGCGCUCUUCGUAAGCACAGACUCGGGUCUCUUGCGGAAAUAGACACCCUUUAACAACGUGGCUUGUGCCUCCUCCAUCCACGGAACGACCAUCUCUCCGCGCUUGACCAUAUGUAAGUCGACGAGGGAUUGGUACGUUACAAUCGGUGGGGCUUGGGACCGCGUCGACCGGGACGGCCCUUCAGUGUCAGUCUCGGCGAGUGCAUGGCGGACGAUCUUGAGUGUGCUGGUGAACACGCGGGGCGCGAGACAGGAUGCGACCUGCGCGACUCUCUGCGCGACGUCUGCGUUGCCUAAUUCCUCGGAUGCAAUCAAUGCGCAUAUAGCCAGAAG